AUGCCCAAAAACGUUUCCUUCUCUCCUGAAAUCCUUAAAAAAUAUGAGAACGUGGGAUUUGAAGAUUUUGUUGCUUAUCUUACUACUUGUCCACUUCGUUACGAUCUUGCUGAUAUCGUUGAUUCGUUUCUUCCUCACAAUGUCUAUGAGUUCAACUACACUUCUACUUACCGCAAUGAUAGUGUAAUUAUUGGGACAAUAAGAGAUGGUCAGCACACUGUCUCAAUAUCUGUGAACGAUGUCCGAAGAGUGUUACGUCUUCUAGUUAAAGAUGAAUACUUACCUACUCCUUUCUCUGAAGAAUGUCAUAUCAUACUAAAAAAUUAA